AUCUUCGUCAGCUUAUUCGUUUGCAGACUAGAAAAAUGGCGAACAGCCAUCAAAAUACUGAUUCAAAAUACACAUCUUUCACUGGACACCGCAAAUGGGUGCGCGCAGCAAAAUUCAGCCCUAAUGGCGAAUGUGUGCGAACGUUCACCGUGGGAAGAGGUAUGGGACGACAGCUGGCAUGGCAUCCAGACGGUAAUCUGGUGGCUUUAGCAUUAGCAUUAAGUUGUAACCGCUUUAAGAUAUUUGACAUUGCUGCAGGCGAGCUAAUACAUUAG